ACCUAUUAUUUGUCAAGACUAAUGGAUCUUGGGCAACAAAACGAUAUUUUAUCAACAAGCUCAAACAAGCCUUACCAUCAGAGGACGUUGCUGGCCACAGUUUUAGGGCUGGGGGGGACAACAGAACUGGUUAUACGGGGGUCCAACUUAUACUAGUCCAAAAGAUAGGUAGAUGGAGCUUAGACACAUUCUACAGAUAUAUCCAGGCUCACCAAGCCACAAUAGCAGCAAUACUGAUAAAAGUAUACAGUAAUUGA